AUGCCACAAUCACGAUCACCUCGGCGAGACGACUCGCGGGACGAUCGUCGUCAUCGCCACCGAGAUCAUGAUCGAAGGACCAGGGAUGUGAGAAAGCCAAGGUCACGGAGCCGCGACCGAGCCCUGAGAAGGUCAGCAAGCUUGGAUGGACAUGGCCAGAGAAGAUAUGAUGAACGCCGCUCACAAUCACCUCGCUCACGACGAUCACCAGAGAGUUCGAAACGUCCUAGAGGCACUCUCCCGUCACAAGCUGACGCAUUCAAUACCACCAAAGGGGUCCCAUCCCCUCCAGCAACCGAGAAGCAGAAGCCCAAUUUCCGCCCUUCUGGUCUUUUGGCUGCAGCCGCAAACACAGUCUCAACAUCAGCCGGCGCGGUAGUCCUGAAAUAUCACGAGCCUCCGGAGGCUCGAAAACCGCCUUCUUCCCAACCUUGGCGACUGUAUAUCUUCAAAGGGGAAUCAAUCGUCGACACGCUGGACCUAUAUGCCCAAUCUUGCUGGCUCUUUGGCAGGGAAGCGUCUGUUUGCGACUACGCCCUUGAACAUCCCAGCUGCUCUAAACAACACGCUGUCAUUCAAUUUCGGUAUGUGGAAAGAAGGAAUGAGUUUGGUGACAAGAUCGGGAAAGUGAAGCCAUAUGUGAUCGAUCUGGAAAGCGCCAAUGGGACGAUGGUCAACGAUGAGGCUGUGCCGGAGGGAAGAUUCGUCGAAUUGCGGGACAAAGAUAUCAUCAAGUUCGGUCAUUCAUCCAGAGAAUAUGUCAUGCAGAUGCCUCCUGAGUGA